AUGGAGGAGCUUGCAAGACAAUACAUCAUUGAAGGUGGUGGAAAUACUCGUCGGGUCGUGUUUCUAAGUGUCAACCAUGGUGCUUCCAAGAAGGCAACUCUCAGUAUUUGGAAACCACAAAUAACUGCAAGGAAUGACGAUUCACUACCAAUGCUGUCGGUAGAGACGGAGGUAGCCAACCUGACGUUCCGAAAUGCCGAUGGUGGACCUUCUUCGGGCUGGUGGAUGGCGUUUCCUGUCGCAGAUUUCGCCCCCAAGUUGUUGAUCCCCGAGUCCGUCCUUUACGCGUCGAUUCACAUUUCCUCCAACGACCUGCUUACAUGUCUCGGCGAAGUAGAAGUUGAACGGCGAGCGUGA